AUGUCAGGUGAAUUCGUCGAAUUAGUGAAAAAGAGUGGUAAUAGAGCCGUAGAGGUUAAUCCACCUACCGGACUAGAUGUUCAUUUAACAAAAUCCGGUUCCGAUUGGUUAUGGACCGUUUAUUCUAUAUUCGGUGUCUUAGCUGUCUUAUACGCCUGUUUCUUCUUCUACCAAGAAAUGAAAAACGGUUCUCAAUUGGUUAGAUACACAAUGGCUGCUCCAUUCUUAAUUUCAUUAUUUGAAUUUUUCCAAUACUAUACUUAUGCAUCUAACUUGGGUUGGACUGGUAUUCAGGCUGAAUUCAAAGGUGAAGAUGUUUCAGACCCAGUCUCUGGUGAAUCUCCAAAUAUCAGACAAAUCUUUUAUGCCAAAUAUAUUGCAUGGUUCUUAUGUUGGCCCAUCCAAUUGUUCAUGGUAGAAUUAGCAGGCGUUACCAUCAACCAUCAAGGUGAACCUUUAUCUGUCUGGGAUAUUAUGCAUUCAUUAAUAGUUCAAGUCAUUGGGUUUGAAUUCUGGAUUAUUGCCUUAUUAGUAGGUGCUUUGAUCCGUUCCAGUUACAAAUGGGGUUAUUGGACUAUGGGUGUUUUUGUUUCAUUAGUUGUCUUGGGUAUUCAAUUUAAGAGACAAGUAUUUGAUUUAAGAACAAGAGGUUUAAGUUUAGCCAUGUACUUUGUUGCCAUAAUUGUUAUCUUAUUAUACAACGUCUGUUGGGGUUUAGCCGAUGGUGGUAAUAGUAUUUCACCAACUGCAGAAGCUGUCUUUUAUGGUGUCUUGGAUCUAUGUAUCUUUGCCAUUUGGGCAGGUUAUUUGUGCUUUAUCAUUUGUAGAUUCGGUGAAUGGCCAGAAGUUGAUGCUUUGCCAGGAAACAAUAUUACACCAAUUAAUCCAGAUCAAGAAAAGAACUUACCAGCUUCUCCAAGAGCUUCAGGUGAUACUGCUUAUGAUGAUGAUGAUGUUUCAGAAGAACCACAACAAGAUCCAGAAGUAGAUGAUGAAAUUCAACAAAGAGAAUAA